AUGUCUGCCUCACAAAAGGGAUCACGUGACCAUUUGUCUCCAGAUGAGGCGCCACCUAUUCGUGGACUUCAGUUCGGAUACAACACGGGGGUCAUUAACGCCCCUGAAAAGAAAAUCAAAGAGUUUAUGAAUAAGCCAGCGUUUAACACGCCGAAAAUACAUUUAGCACAAAUCUUUGCUGUGGGCGGGAUGCUAGGCGGCCUGAUGGCGGGAUGGUGGGCCGACUUCUUUGGAAGGAAAUUUGGAAUGUUACUGAAUAACGCAUUCGCUUUCGCCGCUGGAGGCCUUUUCUUCUUCAGCAGAGAGGCCCAUUCCUAUGAGAUGAUCAUUGUAGCGAGGCUACUGAUUGGAUUUAAUUGUGGUCUGUACACUGGCCUGACUCCACUCUACCUGACGGAGAUCGCUACAGCUAACAUCAGGGGAGCACUCGGAACUCUCCACCAGUUUGGAGUUACCGUCGGGAUCUUCCUAUCUCAGAUCCUGGGAUUUCCGGAAAUCUUCGGUAACGGGGAAUACUGGCACGUGCUCUUGGGUCUGUGUGUUGCGCCGUCAGCCAUACAGCUCCUGACUAUGCCGUUCUGUCCGGAAAGUCCUCGGUAUUUAUUGAUAACCAAAGAAAAGGAGAACGAUGCAUUGAACGCUUUGGUAAAACUCCGAGGCACUCCAGGAGUAGAUGGAGAUCUCGAUGAAAUGAGACAAGAACAUCAAGCCGAGCAGUCUGAAAACAAGAUUGGAAUACUUCGCCUGUUGAAGAAGAAGUCAUUGCGCAUGCCCCUUAUCAUCAGCAUUGUCAUGCAUUUGUCACAGCAGUUGUCAGGAAUCAACGCAAUAUUUUACUAUUCAUUCAGAUUAUUUACCAGCGCCGGUAUUUCCGAUGACCUUGCUGCGCACGCAACAAGCGGAAUCGGCGCCAUCAUGGUUGUCAUGACGCUCAUCACCAUUCCGUUGAUGGACAGGAUCGGGAGGCGGAGCUUACAUCUGACCGGAUUAGCGGGGAUGUUCAUCUUCAGCAUUCUGAUCACCAUUACACUGUCCCUGACGGACGAGGUGCCGUGGUUUGACACGGCGAAUGUGGUCGUGUCUCUCCUCUAUGUUGUCUUCUUCGCCAUUGGACCAGGAUCCAUUCCUUGGAUGAUAGUAGCUGAACUAUUCACGCAGGGACCGCGUGUUUCCGCAAUGAGUAUAUCAGUUCUUAUCAACUGGGCUUUCAACUUUGCUGUGGGAUAUGUAUUUCCCAUCAUGCAGGAGGGACUGGAUAAUUACUCUUUCCUCCCGUUUACCGUUCUUCUCCUCUUCUUCUGGAUAUUUGUGUACGCUUAUCUACCAGAGACUAAAAAUAGAACAUUCGAGGAUAUAGCCUUAUCGUGGGAAAAAUCUCAAAACGAGGCGGAGUACCCCCGGGGUAAAUAUACUCCAACGGAAGAUACCGCGAUAGUAGAAUUUACACAGCAGCAAAACAAACAUCGGUGACGACGAACGUUUUAGAAAGAUGCGGAUAAAGUUGUGUUUUUCUUCACUUCAAAAGUAGUUUUUGUACUCCGAAGAAGGCAAAUUUCAUUGACUGUUCUAAAAAUUUUUUAUGGUUCUCUUGUUAAUGUUUUGUUAAAAGACAUUAGAAUAUUACCAUUUGAAGUAUGAAGGUCUUUUUAUACUUAUUAAUUAGAUUUAGUGUUAUUUCUAUAUAUUUUUCCCUGCUGACUUUAAGCAUUCCUAUUCAAUUUUUAAAAACAAAUUGUAACAUCCAAUGUUGUAUUUGUAGUUUUAAACCAUAUUUUAUUAAAUCAAAUAAAACAUUUAACACAACAUUAAAUUACACAAGGAGUUUAACUUGCCUUGUCAUCUUUCCCCGCUAGUGAUCACAGUAAUUUGAUAAAAGCAUUAUUUCAAUCAUUUUUUACAAAUGUACAAAAACAAAAAAUCUUGAUUAAAUGUAGCACUUUUUAAAAUA